AUGCAGGCAUCAGCGACUCCCCCGGAGGCUGGCGGAGGAUACUCGACGCGGAGAGGUCAUGUUCCUCAGUUGUCGAUUAGUGACCCGAGCCACCAUGUAACGGAGGCCAUCGGGCACAUGUACGAAGAUGACUACGACAAGAGAGAUUCCAGGCGUCUCAGCUAUAUAUCGUCCCCGUUGAGCGAAGCCAUAUCGAUCGUCCCGCAAAAUCGGCCCGCCGCCGAAGCCUCCUCCUCACAAACGCUGCAGGUGCAGAGUAAUGAAGCAGAUGGCGGCUAUCGAUAUGCCAAUGGCCAAUCCCGCCCUUCUGCCGUGAGGGGCAAGUCUUCAGAUGGUGGACCGACGUCGCCGACCACACCAGGAUCGACUGAUACCGCCACAACGUCCUUUCCAUUGAAUGACAUCGAUUACGAGUCAGAUCCAGCAGCCGUUGCUCAGGAACUCAGCAACUUGGCCGCCAUCCGGCGGAUGUCGAUGGAUGUUACUGCCACCGGCGAUCCCGAUCUACCGAGCGUGAACUUCCCCGUCCCAUCGAUAGCACCCUCGCCGUCUGCCGACGAGAACGACACUUCACGAUUAUUUUGGGUCCCCGCUCGUUUACACCCGGAGCUGGCUCCGAAGGAGUUCAAAUCGUUUCUCGAGAGUAAAGCUGAGCACAUCAAGCGCAGGUCGGGUGACUUUUCCUCAUUGAGCCCCGAACGCCACGGGUCAGAUAGCUCACUUCGUCGAAAACGAUCUAUGCUCUCAAAGCAGAUCGACAGUGGGCAAGGUUACAAGGAUGGUGCGGAGCGGCUUGAACGGAAACGAUCGCAGAACCGGAACCCUCAGGGUCCGAACCUGCACGAAAUAGAAAGCUUGGUGAGCGAUUCGCAAAACCGGGCUCCAAGUGCGUCCUCUUUGUUGGAAACCGUUCAAUCGCUUGGGAUCUCAAACGAUGAUGAUCGACCGAUCUUACCUCCUGCACCACCCGGCCAUAGCCUUCGACGAGCUACACGAACUCAAUAUCGCAAGGCGGGUAGCUUAAAAAAGGGCGAACGACCGUCAUUUGCUAGGAGAACGGGCCGAAACUCUGAUUCGAAGGAUGCCCUGGACUCAAUAGUCGGAUCCGGCAGUCAACCGAUAUUGGGUUUGACUAGAGUCUCAACUGACCCCACUCCCAGCGUAACCCGCGCUCAAGCCUUGGCUCGAUCGCAGGGCUCUUUGAACGACUCGACACUGGAAGAUUCCCAACAGACUAUGGAAGCAUCGCAUAGUCAGCCGUUGAAGGACUCUGGGAAUCGAGUGAACGCCCCGCAGCAGCCACGCCAGUGGAAUGCGCGCGCCGAUUCGAACGGACAAUCGACACCAGUUGCUCAACAUCACGAACAGAAGAUACCAGAGAUUGUCGAAACACCUCCACAAGAGGCCCGUUCGACGCCUUCUACCCCAAGCUCGCAGUCUAGCCAUAUUCCAACCCGUGUAUCAAGCAAUGAUUCUUCCCAACAGCCGAAGCGUCCUUCGCCCACUCGUGCGCAUGGCAAGGACUCUACACCCACACUUAAUGAAUCUGCCAACAAUCCGCAGUCAAUCAAAGGGAACACUACUCGGACUGACAGUCUUUCAUUCAUCCCUACCGCAGCCGAAGACCGAAAAUCGGAGUCGAAGAAGAGCAAAGAUAAGAAGGAUUCUGAGGGCGGCCGCAAGUCAAGUUGGCAUUGGUUUCUUGGAUCUGAGGACAAGGACAAAGAAAAAGAGAAGAAGAAGGAUAGCGAUUCGAAAAAGAUCAAAACGAAGAUUACGGACAAAGUGCACGACGCCACGCAUGCGUCUACAGCUUCCAACGAGCCCAGCCAACGGCGCGAGAGCGCCGUCUUUGAUCGCCUUGACCCGAAACUCGAAGAGGAACGCAAAAAGGACAAUGCGCGACGAUCUUCGGGAGAGACCAAGAAGGAGAAGGAAUCUGGUCUGUUCUCCUCGAUCUUUGGUGGCGGAAGGAAAAAGAACAGCGAACAUCACCAUAAGAAGAGCUUGUCUCGGACAUUGUCCCCAGAACCUCCGGUCCGGGAGCUUCGAGCCGAUGUCGAUUAUCCCUGGACUCGAUUCUCGAUUUUGGAAGAACGCGCCAUCUACAGAAUGGCUCAUAUCAAGCUUGCAAAUCCUCGGCGCGCUCUGUACUCUCAAGUACUACUCAGCAACUUCAUGUACUCAUAUCUGGCAAAGGUUCAGCAGAUGCAUCCGCAUAUGAUGCUCGCCACGUCAGCGUCACAAAGACAGCAGAAGAGCAGAGAACAGUCGGAAGAGUACCUGCAGUACCAACGGUACCAAGAGUCCCAGGAUCAGCAAUAUGCUGAUAGUGCCUACGAUGAUCCUCAGAUGUAUGAUUAUGGCGAUGAUCAACAAAACCACUACCAACAAACCUCGCGAGGAAGCAAACACGGCUACGACAACGGUAACUCAUAUGGCUCCGGACACUAUAACUACGGGCAUAUGUCGUUUGGGGACGAUGUGCAACUAGAUGACGAUGACGAUGAUAUGUGGUGA